UUUCAGCAUAAUUUAGUCCGCUUGUUCAAGUAGUCUCUCUCUUCUCAUCAAUCUUUCUUGUUUUUUUUUUUCAAGAAACCCAACACCCCCUUUUGAGAUUGCCAUGGAUUGCUUUGAGUUAAGCUCAGAAUCCCCAUAUGAGCUUCUGCUUAAAGUUGCUUUCUUGAUACCCAUUUCUCAUUAUUUCUUGGGGUUUCUGUUUUUACUAUUUGUUUUUCUCUAUAAUUUCAUAGAGAUGUACUUCAUACAAGAAUUAUUUACUGGAUUUAGGGGAAAGCCUGUUUCUUUGACCUUUAAUUCUUGCUGUGACCUCUAUCAAGAAGUGGUUUCCAAAUGUAAAACUCUUAAUGGCAGGUUUUCGUCUACUCCGUGGCUUUGCAGUCCUCAUCUACAGACAGCCUUUUUGCAGUUCUUUGGAAGGGCACCUGCUUGCAGCUACCGAAGACAGAUAUUUCAAUUGUCUGAUGGUGGGACAAUAGCUUUGGAUUGGCUAAGGAACAUCGAUGUUAAAAAGCCAUCCAUUGAACGUUUUGAUGGAGUUCAGAGUGAUGAUAAAAGUCCCAUCAUGCUAGUGAUUCCUGGUUUAACAAGUGACUCUGAUUCUGCUUACAUAAAGCAUCUUGCUUUCAAGAUGGCCAAACGUGGAUGGAAUGUCGUUGUGAGCAAUCAUCGGGGUCUCGGUGGAGUGUCAGUAACUUCUGAUUGCUUUUAUAAUGCUGGAUGGACGGAAGAUGCCCGAAGAGUCAUUGACCAUCUCCACACCCAAUACCCUCAGGCUCCUUUAUUUACUGUUGGCCUUAGCAUUGGUGCUAAUGUUCUGGUAAAAUAUCUUGGUGAGGAAGGAGUUAAUACUGCAAUUGUUGGGGCAGCUGCAAUAUGUUCUCCUUGGGACCUUUUGAUUUGUGACAGGUAUAUUAAUCGCAGGCUUGUGCAGAGAGUCUAUGACAGAGCUCUGGCAAUUGGAUUAAGAGGUUAUGCCAAGCUGCAUCAGACAGUAAUGUCUCGGUUGGCAGAUUGGGAAGGCAUUGUUAAGGCACGUUCUGUAAGAGAUUUUGACCAUAGUUCUACUCGUGUUCUUGCUGAUCUUGAGACUGUUGAUACAUAUUACAGGAAAGCUAGCUGUACCAGUUAUAUAGGAAAUGUGAUGGUUCCUCUCCUUUGCGUUAGUGCCUUGGAUGAUCCAGUUUGUACAAGGGAAGCAAUUCCAUGGGAUGAAUGUCGGGCAAACAAAAAUAUUGUACUAGCUACCACGCACCAUGGAGGACACUUGGGAUAUUUUGAAGGGAUGACUGCAAAAAGCCUCUGGUGGGUUAGGGCAGUUGAUGAAUUUCUUUGUGCUUUGAACUCCAGCUCAUUGAUCCAUAGCAAAAAGGUUACUACAGUGCAUAGUUCCCUGGAAACAUCCAUUGAUCCACCAUAUGUGAAUAUUAGAGAAGACGGAUUGGUGACUGCGUUUAGCAAUGAUCCAUCAGGUGAAGUAGGAAGUCAGCAGAAUGAGCAGCCGGUCGAAGAUGACCCGGCUGGAGAUAGGAUUAGAGGUGUCAAUGGUGCAAUGCAGCUAGAAACAAAUGCAACAACUCAGUUUGAUCCGAGAAGUGAGAGCACCAGGUUGGAAGAUGCUGGUUCGAGAGGACCUGCAAAAAUGCUGGUGACUCCUGAACCAGAUUUUGAUGCAGUGAUUGUUCCUGUUAAAAGAUGUUUAAAUCAGCUUUCUCGGCGUAGUAAGAUUUCAAUGUGGGUACUUGCAUAUAUUGCUAUCAUAACCACUUGGCCAAUUCUUGGUUCAGCUUCACCAAUGUUCUUCAAGAAAAAGCUGCGGAACAUCUUCUCACUGAAAAGAUGACGAUGCCAUGCAUGUAGCAGUGGCUAAGCUCUAUUCAUUAGUACUAUUUAAGAUACAUUUAUGUACAAUUGCUGGGGAAGAGGGAAAUAGUUAAACCCCAAAGUUGAAUUCGGGAAUGGCUGUACUGUUUCUUGUAACUUCAAAAUGAUCAUAUAAUAACAGCCACUUGUUAAAAAGAUUUUCAUUGUUGCCUGAUUA